AUGCGUUUCGAUCUUUUUCUAAUAUUAGUACCCAGCCUUGGUUUUCUGGCUGGCCCUGCUGUGGGCUUGGGGAUGCUUGGAGGGUCUAGGUAUAAGCGAGAGCUUCAGUUGGCUGCAGAGUUGAACUUGGACCCCAGGUCACUUUCCAACAAAAAUACUAUACAUUCAGUGCUCGCCAAGACCAAUACUCAAGAUGAGACGGUCACCACAGAAUACAUCACGAUUCCUAUCGACCAUAAUGAUACGGAUGUUGGUACGUACCAAAAUCGAUUCUGGGUGAAUGAUGACUACUACGAGGCUGGGCGUCCGAUCAUCAUGUACGAUGCCGGAGAAACAAACGCAGAGCGUAUUGCCAAAAAUCACUUGACGUCGAAUUCGUCAUUUUUCAGGAAAAUCCUCGAGGACACUCACGCGAUGGGUAUUAUAUGGGAACAUAGAUAUUACGGAAACUCUACUCCAUUUCCAAUUAGCAGGGAUACACCGCCUGAGCACUUUAAAUACCUUACGACCAAGCAAGCUCUUGAGGAUAUCCCGUAUUUUGCGCAAAACUUCAGCCGCUCAAAGUUCGCCGACCUUGAUCUCAGCCCCAGCUCUACGCCCUGGGUCCUUGUCGGAGGUUCAUAUGCUGGAAUUCGUGCUGCGUUUGCCCGUAAGGAGUACCCAGACGUUAUCUUUGCAGCUUAUUCUUCCUCUGCUCCGGUCCAAGCACAGCUGAAUAUGAGCAUGUACUAUGACCAAGUCUACCGUGGUUUGGUCGGACAUGGUUUUGAAAACUGUGCCAAGGAUAUCCAUGCAGCUCUAGGUUAUAUAGACCAGCAACUAUCAAACAAUCACACUGCUGCUGCUAUCAAAAAGCUAUUUUUUGGCACCGGAGCUGAGCAGAACAGCAACGAAGGCUUCACAGCAGCUUUGGUGACUAUCUAUACGUAUUUCCAGAACUAUGGCCUUGACGGUCCAGAAGGAACUCUGCGCGAACUCUGCCAGCAUCUGGAAGUGGAUCCUACAACGCAGGAAGCAGCAGGUCCUGAUGGCUUCGCCCCAGUCCGUGGAAGCAAGUAUGUGGCCGAACGUUGGGCUGCAUGGCCAGCGUUCACGCCAUUGGUCAAUAAUAUUUUGGAGACCAAUUGCAGAGGACUUAGUGAUCCUGCUAAGCCGUCUUGUAAGCUGGACAUAGCAUAUUAUGACCCUGAUUCUAUCAGCUGGAGUUGGCAGUAUUGCACCGAGUGGGGAUUCUAUCAAAGCAACAAUUUUGGCCCUCAUUCACUGCUCUCCCGCUACCAGACCCUGGAGUAUCAGCAGGAAGUAUGCAAUAACCAAUUCGCACUGGCGGUCGCAAACGGCAUGCUACCGUCACGACCACAGACGGAAGCCCUGAACAAAGAGUACGGAGGCUGGAAUAUCCGACCAUCUAAUACUUUCUUCACUGGCGGAGAGUUUGAUCCAUGGAGAACGUUGUCUAUGCUGACAACUGAAGAUAUCGCGCCUGGGGUUGCACCCGAUGGAAUCACGUUAUCUACUAAGAUCCCGAACUGUGGCGAAACGAGCGAGGACAAAGUGUUCGGAUACCUUCUCAAAAAUUCUGAACAUUGCUAUGAUUUUCAAGGCUUAUCCACGGAAGGAAAGGCGGCUCGCGACCUGUUCAAGGAAGCAUUGACAAAAUGGCUACCAUGCUUCAAGCCUUCAAGCCCCAAGGCUUCCAAGGUGAAUGUGACGCAAGCGGAGUUAGCAAAGGGGGCGGUAAUGUGGGGGGCAAGAGAAAGGUAG